AUGGCUCCGCAUGCUGCCCUGAACACCCAGGAUAUCGCUGAGAAGGCGAGGAGGGAUCUCCUGCAGCUGCUCGAAGGCGUUAGGGGGAAGAAGAACCUCGUGCUUGAGAAGUCACUCGCGGAUACCCUUAGUCUAAUCGUCAAAACCUCGACCUUGAGGGAGUAUGGCGUGGAUAAGUUCUACUUCCUGGAGAAUGACAAUGUCGACUCUUCUCAGCGGAAUGUCGUCUUUCUUGCCCGUGGAGAGAAGGCCAAGACGGUGAUUGCAAUAGCUGAGCAAAUAAACCGCCUCCGCCGGAGUGGACAGGUCGACCAUGAGUUCUCCAUCUUUUGGAUACCCAGACGAACGCUUGUAUCCAAUCAAAUCCUGGAAGAGGCUGGCGUACUCGGCGAAGUAAACAUUGCGGAGUACGCAUUGUACUUCAUUCCUCUUGCCGAUGAUUUGCUUUCCAUGGAACUCGAUGACGCCUUUAGCGAUCUUUACCUGCGCAGAGAUCCGACAGCGACCUUCCUCGCAGCCAAAGCAUUGAUGCUUAUGCAGCAGCGGCACGGGCUGUUCCCUAGAAUUAUAGGCAAAGGUGACAAUGCCAAGCGCCUCGCAGAUCUCCUGCUACGCAUGCGCUCGGAAGUAACAGCAGGGGAUGCCUCGUACAGCAACGGCGCAUCUUCCCUCGGGCUCACGCCGAGCUCCUCCAUCGAAAGCCUCAUCAUCAUUGACCGCGAAGUUGACCUUCCGACUGUUCUUCUGACCCAACUGACCUACGAAGGCCUCAUUGACGAAAUCUUUGGUAUCAAAGCAAACCAAACUGAAGUAGACUCAUCGAUCGUUGGGGCGACUCCCGCCCAGGCCCCGCAAGUAUCAUCCGCCUCCUCCUCCACCCCAGCACUGAAGCGCAAGAUCCAACUUGACUCCAGCGACACUCUCUACAGCACCCUCCAAGACUCAAAUUUCGCCAUCGUUGGCUCUCUACUAAACAAAGUCGCACGCCGUCUCCAGAGCUCGUACGAGAGUCGACAUGUCGCCUCAAAAUCCACAGCCGAGCUCCGUGAAUUUGUUGCAAAGCUUCCCGGCUAUCAGGCCGAGCAAGCAAGUCUCAAGAUACACACCGCCCUUGCCGAAGAGAUCAUCAAGCACACUCGCUCAGAUAUCUUCUCCCGAAUCCUCGAAGUGCAGCAGAAUCUCGCUGCGGGUGCCGACCCAACGUCCCAACACGACAGUAUUGACGAGUUGAUAUCCCGUGCUUUACCCUUACCUACCGUCCUCCGCCUUCUGUGCCUUGAAUCUUGCGUCAGCGGCGGCCUAAAACGAGGUGACCUUGAGACUUUCAAGCGCGCCAUCCUCCACGGCUACGGACACCAGCACCUCCUAACACUCUCCGGCCUCGAGAAGCUCGGUUUGCUGACCAUGCAAGCCGGCGGGCUUGGAAGACCGGCCGCGAAGCCGGGCACAGUCACUAACUACUCGGCCGUUCGGAAGAACCUCCACCUCAUCGUCGACGAAGUCAAUGAGUCCGAACCAGACGACAUCGCAUAUGUGUUCAGCGGCUACGCUCCGCUUAGCGUCCGUCUCGUGCAGUGCAUAUUGCAGAAACAGUACCUUGCAUCUCUUGGGAGCAGCAGGGCCACCGCAGCCGCAGCACCCCCACCGCAGAGCGCUGCGCAGGGCUGGCGGCCGUUUGAGGAUGUGGUCAAGCAGGUCAAAGGUGCGACGUUCGAUGAGGCGCAGACGGGGGAGGAGAAGGCGGUUAGGGCGCGGCAGGCGCUGAAUGGUAGCGGUGGUGGUGAGAGCAGGAAGACGGUGGUUGUGUUCUUUUUGGGCGGGGUCUGCAGGGCGGAGGUUGCGGCGUUGAGGUUUGUGGCGAAGAGGUUGAAGGAGGAGGGGGUUGGGAGGAGGGUGGUCAUCGCAACAACGGGAAUGGUGAGUGGGGAUGGGGUUGUUGGUGCAGCUAUUGAGAAGAAAACAUUUGGGGGUGCGUGA